AUGGCUCCCAAACAGCUAUGCAAAACACUGCACGUACAUAUGCAACAAUUCUUUAAUCCUGCAAUAUGGAAGUGGGGGAGGGAUGAUGACUGUCCGAGCCUCUUGCAUACCUAUUGUAAUCACCUAGCACCUAGCAACCAAACUCCCCUAGCAACCAUAGCCUCAUAUAGCACUCACCAUCAACCAUAUAGCACUCAGCAUCAGUCAUAUUGCCCUCAGCAUCAGCCAUAUAGCACUCAGCAUCAGCCAUAUUGCCCUCAGCAUCAGCCAUAUUGCCCUCAGCAUCAGCCAUAUUGCCCUCAGCAUCAGCCAUAUUGCCCUCAGCAUCAGCCAUAUACCACUCAGCAUCAGCCAUAUACCACUCAGCAUCAGCCAUAUACCACUCAGCAUCAGCCAUAUACCACUCAGCAUCAACCAUACAGCACUCAGCAUCAACCAUACAGCACUCAGCAUCAGCCAUACAGCACUCAGCAUCAGCCAUACAGCACUCAGCAUCAGCCAUACAGCACUCAGCAUCAGCCAUACAGCACUCAGCAUCAGCCAUACAGCACUCAGCAUCAGCCAUACAUCACUCAGCAUCAGCCAUACAGCACUCAGCAUCAGCCAUACAGCAAUCAGCAUCAACCAUACAGCACUCAGCAUCAACCAUACAGCACUCAGCAUCAACCAUACAGCACUCAGCAUCAACCAUACAGCACUCAGCAUCAACCAUACAGCACUCAGCAUCAACCAUACAGCACUCAGCAUCAACCAUACAGCACUCAGCAUCAACCAUACAGCACUCAGCAUCAACCAUACAGCACUCAGCAUCAACCAUACAGCACUCAGCAUCAACCAUACAGCACUCAGCAUCAACCAUACAGCACUCAGCAUCAACCAUACAGCACUCAGCAUCAACCAUACAGCACUCAGCAUCAACCAUACAGCACUCGGCAUCAACCAUACAGCACUCAGCAUCAACCAUACAGCACUCAGCAUCAACCAUACAGCACUCAGCAUCAACCAUACAGCACUCAGCAUCAACCAUACAGCAUUCAGCAUCAACCAUACAGCACUCAGCAUCAACCAUACAGCACUCAGUAUCAGCCAUACAGCACUCAGCAUCAGCCAUACAUCACUCAGCAUCAGCCAUACAUCACUCAGCAUCAGCCAUACAGCACUCAGCAUCAGCCAUACAGCACUCAGCAUCAACCAUACAGCACUCAGCAUCAACCAUACAGCACUCAGCAUCAACCAUACAGCACUCAGCAUCAACCAUACAGCACUCAGCAUCAACCAUACAGCACUCAGCAUCAACCAUACAGCACUCAGCAUCAACCAUACAGCACUCAGCAUCAACCAUACAGCACUCAGCAUCAACCAUACAGCACUCAGCAUCAACCAUACAGCACUCAGCAUCAACCAUACAGCACUCAGCAUCAACCAUACAGCACUCAGCAUCAACCAUACAGCACUCAGCAUCAACCAUACAGCACUCAGCAUCAACCAUACAGCACUCAGCAUCAACCAUACAGCACUCGGCAUCAACCAUACAGCACUCAGCAUCAACCAUACAGCACUCAGCAUCAACCAUACAGCACUCAGCAUCAACCAUACAGCAUUCAGCAUCAACCAUACAGCACUCAGCAUCAACCAUACAGCACUCAGUAUCAACAAUAA